AUGCCUCUUCCCACUCCCUAUGCCCCCAACACCAUCCACACCGUCCCUGCCCGGGCAUCCGUGGCCGUCCCUCUGUCUCCGUCGCAGAAAUUGACCGUGACAAACACCCAUGGCUCCCAAGUGAUCGACUUCUGGGCGUUUGAAGUCCCUGGGGACGCUGCACCCAAGGAGCUGACGAACUACCUGUCCAUGUCUCACACCAGGGCGGCGCUGCUGAGCCUGAGCCCCGUCGCGCCGUGCACGCUUUCGACGAACCGGCGCACGGGGAUCCUGAAGUUCAUCAGCGACAGCUCGGGCGGCAUUCAUGACACCCUGAUCCCGGCGUGCGAUAUCCACCGGUACCACCAGCUGGGUGUGGCCCCAGAUCAGUACCACGCCAACUGCUCGGACAACCUACGCAUGGCCCUUGCUCGCGACACCCCCGGCUACACCCUCCCGGCGCCGUUCAACACGCCGACGUCGACCGUGCCGGACCCGCUCAAUCUGUUCAUGAACAUCCCCGUGUCGCCUCUUCCGCAGCCGCUGCAUGAGAGCAACCCGUCCGCCGGCGGGGCAGUGAGUUUCAAGCCGACCGUGUGUGAGAAGGGCGGGCACGUCGUGUUCGAAGCGCUGGUCGGCUGUAUCGUUAUCAUGAGCGCGUGUCCGCAGGAUUUGGUACCGGAGGUCAACGGCGGGGUCAUACACGACUGUCACUUCGUGGUGGAAGGCUAG